CGAGGAACAGAAAGUGAACAGUCUCCGCCGUAUUAUCCGGCUCACUGCCCGCUGCUUCCGACUCGCGACUCUCCGUCGUCUGGACGUACGCCGCUCCGGGAGGUGGUGCGAAAAUGACGCAGGCGGCGGCGGAAUCCGCCGACAUCGUCCUCCACAACGCGUUUGUCGUCACCAUGGACGGCGCUCUGACGGUCCUCCGGGACGGCGCCAUCGCCGUCGUGGGCGACCGCAUCGCCGCCGUGGGCCCUUCGGCGGACGUCCUUGGCGCCUUCCCCGGCGCCGCGCAGACCCUCAACCUCGCGGGUCGUAUCCUCCUUCCCGGGUUUGUGAACACCCACGUGCACACGUCGCAGCAGCUGGCGCGGGGGAUCGCCGACGACGUCGACCUGAUGACGUGGCUGCACGGGAGGAUCUGGCCCUACGAGUCUCACAUGACGGAGGAGGACUCCUACGCCUCCACGCUCCUCUGCGGCAUCGAGCUCAUCCGAUCUGGGGUAACAUGCUUUGCUGAAGCAGGUGGGCAGUAUGUUUCAGAAAUGGCACGGGCAGUGGAAUUGCUGGGAUUGCGUGCAUGCUUGACAAAGUCAACAAUGGACUGUGGUGACGGGUUACCCCCAAACUGGAGUUCUUGUUCUACCGACGACUGCAUUCAGUCACAGAAGGAUCUAUAUGAAAAGCAUCAUAACACAGCUGAUGGGCGAAUCAGGAUAUGGUUUGGGUUGAGACAGAUCAUGAAUGCGACAGAUCGGUUACUGCUUGAAACAAGGGAUGCUGCACAGGAACUGAAUACUGGAAUCCAUAUGCAUAUUGCGGAAAUACCAUAUGAAAAUCAGUUUGUAAUGCGGAUGAAGAAAAUUGAUCAUGGGACAGUUACAUAUUUAGAGAAAAUUGAUUUUCUGAGGAGUAAUUUGCUGGCUGCCCAUUCUGUUUGGUUGAAUGAGUCUGAGAUAAGUCAUUUUUCAAACGCUGGUGUCAAGGUUUCUCAUUGCCCAGCAUCUGCCAUGAGAAUGUUGGGGUUUGCUCCUAUUAGGGAAAUGCUGGAUUCUGGUGUUUGUGUCUCUCUCGGUACCGAUGGAGCACCAAGCAAUAACAGAAUGAGCAUUGUUGAUGAGAUGUACCUAGCCUCCCUUAUUAACAAAGGGCGUGAGGCCUAUAUCAGUGGUACAACAAACCCAACCGUGCUUCCUUCUGAGACUGUGCUGACGAUGGCUACUAUUAAUGGUGCAAAAGCGGUUCUGUGGGAUAAUGAAAUAGGCUCUCUGGAGGUCGGCAAAAAGGCGGACCUGAUUGUGGUGAAUCCAUUUAAGUGGUCCAUGCUUCCGUUACAUGACUGCAUUGCCAACACUGUUUAUUGCAUGCGGUCAGAAAAUAUCGAAUCUGUUAUGUGCAAUGGCCAAUGGAUUAUGAAGGAUCAGAAGAUUAUGAAUGUAAAUGAGGAGGAGGUAAUUUCUUCAGCAGUAAAGAGAGCAACUGCCCUCCUAGUGCGAGCUGGCAUCAACCUCCCUGAAAGGAUGAACUACUUGUGAUUUUAUCAUGCUAGUUCUUCUCCCCGAAACUUUCAGUCCAAUGAUCAAGCUGAAUAUGGAGCUCAUGCAUAACCUUUCGUGGGGUUAUUCAAUGCUUGUUCUUCUCCCUGAAACUGCUAUUUUUGCACUUUAAGCGAGGUUAAUUGCUCAUUUGAGAAGGAAUAAGUCGACGAUUAAUUUGGGUGGAGGACUAGCAUGCAUAAUCUUCAAUCCAAUGACCAAACUGAAGAUGGAGCUCAAUCUUCAAGUGAAGAAUCUCAAGCUCCAUUGUAGGACCCUCAAGUCCAAGGUGGAACUCAAGCUCCAAGUGAAGAAAACAAGUUCCAUGCAUAAUCUGAAGAGCACAAAACUACGCUGCUAUUUUUCAGUCGCAUGCAAAGGAAACUAGAGCCAAUCGUGAAACACCUUGGUCCCAGAGAUUUCUGAUGUACGCCUUCUAAAUUGUGACCUUCUAAACUCACCUUGGUCCCAGAGAUUUCUGAUGUACGCCUUCUAAAUUGUGACCUUCUAAACUGUGACGGAGGGAGUAAUUGAAAUGCACAAAUAAAUAAUCAGCUCUACAUUAAGAAAGGGAAACACUUCCUAUCUAUAGUCUGAUACUAGACCACCCGGCAACUGUCGAUUCUAUUAGAAUUGCGCGGUUGUAGAUAUUACCUUAUCCCGAUGGCCGAGGAGCUAAUCACCCGUGUAACAACUCCCUCCCUAAAUCACUCGCUUGUAUCUCGUCUUCCUUUCUCCCCUCGCCACGCAGGGAAUCUUCGCCGUCGUGGCCACCAACCGCACCACCCCGGCCUCCCCGAUCUCGGCGAUCACCUGCUGCCUCCUUCUCACCUCUCGUGAAGCAGCACAUCAACCUCAUCGUGCUCUUCAGAUCCGUUCGCCUGCUGCCUGCUGACUCCUAGAUUCGUUUCCCCUAAUCCUCCCCACCCUAUCGUGCUCUCCACUUAUGCGGCCUCCAGAAUUUUCUCAUGCAGGUGUGCCAUCCCGACCUCGAUUCGGUGCUUCACCAACUUAACCAUCAGAUGAAUCGGCUGCCGGAGUCGGAACCAACGCCGACAGAACCUACAACGGCUUCCUACAUUUUAUAUGUAAAUUUCUAUAAUGGAUUGUUGUUCUAUUCCUAGUGGAGGCUAUUUCUGGCGUAUGCGACAACUAAGAUGGAGGUGACGGAUGCGCCUUCCGGACAUAAUCGGAGCCUACAAUGGGGAAGAGGGUGACGACGACCAAACUGAAGUUGAGGGAGAGAUGCUGUUGCUAGAACAUGUUUAAGCACACUAUGAAUUGUAGUUUCUAUUUUUUGGAAAUAAGUGUAGUCGAAUGGAAAACUAGCAUUGAGUGUUGGCAGGAAACAAA